GACGACUUUUGGACGGAGGGCCACUUUCAGUGACGAUAAAAGUGGCCGCGGAUCAAGUCGGACCGCAAAACUUUCCACACACAUCAUAUGUGUACUGCCGACAGAUUAGUUGACCCACAAGUAGCAACAAAAAAGAACAAUGUGGUCACAGAAUUUGCGCCUCGUCCGGGGAUUUGUUAAUUACGGAGUUUGCCGCCAGAGCUUGAGAAACUUUGCAGCCGUUGGCGAUAAAAACAACGCACCCGAUAAUGCCAGUGAUGUGGACGAACGACACCCGCUGCAUGGUAUCCGGAUUUUGGACUUAUCACGCAUCAUCGCCGGUCCCUAUUGUACCAUGGUUCUGGCGGAUCUCGGGGCGGAAGUUAUAAAGGUGGAGCGUCCUCACUUCGGCGAUGAAGCCCGCAAAUGGGGACCACCCUUCCUAGAGAACAGCAACGAUGCCGCCUACUUCCUAGCUCCCAAUCGCAAUAAGCGGAGCAUCUGCAUCGAUAUCAAGCGCGGCACACAGCUCCUCCAUCGGCUGGCUGAGAUCAGCGACGUGCUGGUGGAGAACUAUGUGCCCGGCACCUUGGAACGUUACGGCUUGGGCUACGAGCAGUUGCGUAAGGUGAAUCCCAAGCUGAUCUAUUGCUCUAUGACAGGUUAUGGCUCAGUGGGACCUUAUGCCAAGCGACCCGGCUACGAUGUGAUUGCCUCCUCGGUUGGAGGACUGAUGCAUAUUACCGGGGAGCGGGAUGGGCCGCCCAGCAAGGUGGGCGUGGCUGUGACGGACAUGUCCACGGGACUGUACGCCCAUGGAGCGAUUUUGGCAGCACUCUAUCAAAGGACCCGCACGCAGCGGGGCCAGAAGAUCGAGGUCGACCUGUUGUCCACCUGCUGCUCCCUGCUUCUCAACGUGGGUAGUAACUACCUGAAUUCAGGAGUCAAAGCAGGAAGGAUGGGCACCGCACACUCCAGCAUUGUCCCGUAUCAGAGCUUUAAGACGAAGGAUGGCUAUCUCACCUUGGGCACUGGCAGUGAUGCUCAGUUUGAGGACCUGUGUCGUCGCCUAAAAGUGGAGCAUUUGGCGCAGAACCCAAAAUUUAAGAGCAACAAGGAUCGUGUGACUAAUCGAGUAGAGCUGCUGGGAAUACUGGAGCAAAUGUUAUCCCAGGACACUUCGCGCAACUGGAUGAAGCUCUUCGAGGGCGCCUCGUUUCCCGUGGGACCUGUUAACGCCAUUCCCGAGGUUUUCGAAGACGAGCAUAUCAAGGCCAUUGGCCUGGUGAAAAGCCUGCAGCAUCCAAAGGACGGCACCGUCAAGGUGGUGGGUCCCCCUGUGACCUUCAGCGAAGCGCGAAACGAUGCCCGGACAGCUCCUCCUAUUCUUGGCCAGCACACGGAUGAAGUGCUGGGUGAACUACUGGGGUGCGGGCCGGAUGAGCUCGCCGAGCUUAAGAAGGAUAACAUUAUCCAGUAACCCCAGUUGGAGUUUGAGCAGGCUAAAGUGAUUAAAAUUCCUAAAUCCUUUGAUGUCUGUAAUGCUUUAUAAGUCUUUUACGACCAAAUAUUUCAGUGAUAAUCAUGCAUUUACAUUUAACAUUUAACCCACUAAAGGCCUUUAAAAAUA